AGCUUAUUUUAGUGGGACAGGAGGAAAGCGGGUCACGCCGCCGCCGUAAACUGGACCCAAAGUGUAACAUGCGCAGACAGGAGGACAUGCAGACACAGAGUCCGGUUUAACAAACGUUACAGUUACAAAAGCUGCUGAAGGAGAUACGUAGCAGUGACUAUUUAACACCUUGGAUAUGCAUUUAUGGAGGCGACAUAAUACGCCGAGGGCAGCCUAACCUCAGUGUUGUCGAAACAAGAUGAUAAAGAACUGGGGUGUCAUCGGUGGGAUAGCUGCUGCGAUUGCGGCUGGAGUAUACGUUUUGUGGGGCCCAAUUACAGAGCGAAAGAAGAAAAAGAGAGGUAUGGUUCCUGGUCUGUUGAACUUAGGCAACACAUGCUUCCUGAACUCUUUGCUUCAGGGCUUGGCAGCAUGUCCGUCCUUCAUCAAGUGGCUGGAGAAGUUUUCAGGUUCGCCUUUAAUCCAGUCAUGCAAAGAUAACCAGCUGUCCAUGACACUGCUUCAGCUUCUCAAAGCUCUGUCCAGUGAGGAGCCUGGAGAGGAAGAUGUACUUGAUGCCGGAUGCCUCCUGGAUGUUCUCAGACUGUACCGGUGGCACAUCAGUUCAUUUGAAGAGCAGGAUGCACAUGAACUUUUUCAUGUCCUUACGUCUUCUCUGGAGGAGGAGCGGGAUCGUCAACCCAAAGUCACUCACUUGUUUGACAUGCAGUCACUUGAGAGUCUCCCUGAUCAAGAUGAGAAAACUAUGACCUGCAGAAGUCGAGCACCACUUCAUCCGAUACCAAGUCCUUGGAAGUUUCACCAUCCUUUUCACGGUCGUUUAACAAGCAACAUGUCAUGCAAGCGCUGCGAACAACAAAGUCCGGUACGGUAUGACUCAUUUGAGAGCCUCUCCCUGUCCAUCCCUUUACCUCAGUGGGGUCGACCUAUCUCUUUAGAUCAGUGUCUUCAGCAUUUCAUCUCCUCAGAAACCAUCAAAGAAGUGGAGUGUGAAAACUGCACCAAGCUUCAACAAGGGACCACAAUGAAGGGGCAAGUUCUGGAAAGCCAGAGGACAACAUUUAUUAAACAGCUAAAACUGGGAAAGCUCCCCCAGUGCCUCUGUAUCCAUUUACAAAGACUGACGUGGUCCAGUGAAGGAACACCCAUCAAAAGACAGGAGCAUGUGCAGUUCACAGAGUACCUAUCGAUGGACCGCUACAAACACAAUGCUUCCGCACAGAGAAGUCAGCGGGUCAGAUGUGCUCCAAAGCCCAUAAAGGCAGAUAAUUCAGAUGAUUCAGUGGAGAAGCCCACUGCGAAUGGCACUGAUGUGGAGCACCGUAACAACAACAACAACCCUUUUUCCAAUGGAACGUGUUCGUCUGUAUUUCUUCACUCACCUGGUGUGAACCCUCAGCUCGGCCUCACAUAUGACUACAGUUCUGCAGAGUACCUUUUCCAGCUCACGGCUGUUCUGGUUCACCACGGUGACAUGCACUCAGGACAUUUCGUCACAUACCGUCGCAGCCCUUCACCCUUCAGUUCCUGGCUUUGGGUGUCAGACGACUCGGUACGAAAAGCCAGCCUGCACGAGGUGCUGUCUUCCAACGCUUACAUGCUCUUCUACGAGAGAGUCCGAAGACUGAAUCUCGCUGUGCGCUCUUCAGAGGAGUAACCAGUAGCUUACAACCUCACAGUCUGACUGACGUCUGCCUUUCCAGUCAAACUGUCACAGUAUGUGCCAGUUACAGUGCAGUUACCAACAGUUUGAUUUGUCACAAUGAGACCAGAGAGGAAAGCCACCCUAGUAUUGUAGAGAAAACACCAAUAACAUAGCACCAUGGAUCACAGCAACAGGUCGUUCUGUAUGUUCUGACAUUAAAUUCAUGAGUGGACACUUUAUGUGGUCGAGAUUUGGAGGCUCUCAAUCCCAAAGAUUACGGACCUGCAGGAUUUUUAGUCAGAUAUAUUUCAUGUGACACAGGUAACAGGUUUCAGUCAUGUAACAUUUUGGCUUCUACGGGACAAAAAAACAGGAACACCUGGCGGAGGUUGUCAGAGGCCUUGACUGUGGCAUUUUUAUGAUGCUGUAGCUUUUGGUGUUAAAUUGGAAUGCAAUAUUCUUGAAGUUGCUCCUGUUAUUUUGUCCACUGCCUGUACAUUACAGACGCAGACAGAAGUAGCUGAUUAGGCAUUCUUGGAUAUGUUACUUAGAGGUUGUUACAUAUUGUGAAAAAACAAAUAGGUAGAAUUUUCCUUAACUCUGGGUCUCUAUCGUCUAACCUGAUCUAAUUUGCCUAAUGUUUCCCAGCAGUGUACGUAAACUGUAGUGGAAAUAUUGUUUCAAUUGACAUCGUUCAUAAGCUAAGUUGAAAUUGAUAUUUUUCUAUGUUUCCAAUAAUCUUUACACUCUCGCGAUUUGUAGACCUGCACAGUUAAGGUUAAAGUGUUUAACCUACUUUAAUGCUCGAGAUUUUUAACAUAUGAAACCAUGUGUGCUACAGAUACAAUAUGAUGCAUCAGAGCCAUUUGGCAUGGUGUUGAUGUGUAACAGUUUAACAAAUCAGUAAUGAUCUGCUCUCUGUUGAUUAACAGCAGGUUUUUGGGCAAGUUAUCCUGAAUAUUUUAAAUUCUGUGUAACUGAUAACUGCCAUUUUGCUCCUACCAAACCAACCAGGUCAAACUGAAAAAUGGCCUGGUUCAAAACACCUUGUAAAUGUUUGCAAUUUGCACUAAUGUAUAUUCAUGUAAGAUUGUGUGUUUUUUGUGUGCAAUCUGUAAAGGUGAUUGUUUUCAGGUAUUAAAAUAUGAAAAAUUCAA